AUGCCUUGCAGACAUGUCGUGGUUGUGCUGAAGGAGAUGAAUAUGCACCCAUACAACUACUGUUCAGAUUACUACGCAAAAAAAAAUUGGCUAGCAACUUAUGCAGAGACAGUGUACCCAAUAGGACACCAAAGUGAGUGGGAAGUACCGGACGAAGUGAAAGACAUUAUAGUCUUGUCUCCACAUGAAAGGGUUAAAUCUGGAAGACCAAAAACAUUAAGGAGGAAAGCUGGAUGGGAAAAGGAUAAACACAACAAGUGCAGAAAAUGUGGGGAGCUGGGGCAUAACAAGAGAACAUGCAGCAGAAGGCAUAGAAAGUAUAAGUGA